AGGUGUAUGAGUCCCCCGUCCAGGCUGGUGCAACACACCAUUGACCUGAACUAUGCCAACAGGAAGAGAUCAACGUCUCUGAAAUGGAUUCUGGUGAACAUAGCAUUACUGUUGGUGUUUGCAUAUGACUUGUGCUACAAGUGUCCCGGGUACACGUCGUCGCUGCACUACGUGGAGCUGUGCUGCGCGGCCGUGCUGGCGGCCAACGCCUGCCUGCACGGCCUGCGCCUGGCGCGCGCGCGGCCCGCGCCCCCGCCCCCCGCCGCGCCGCGCCGCGCGCCCCCGCGCCCCGCGCCCGCCGACUGCGUGGACGCCGACGUGUCGCUGUCGCCGCGCCGCGUGUGGCGCGCCGACGCGUCCCCGCCGCCGUCGCCGCCCUCGCCCGCCUCGCCGCGCGUCGACCGCUCCUCUCCCGACCGGUUCAUCGCGGACUCGCACAGUCUGGCUGCAUAUUUAAGGGGCUACUCGGAGCGGCUGCGACCGGAGCCGGCGGCGGCGAGCUGGGCGACGGGCGCGGGCUGCGGCGCCGGGCACUACCAGCUGUCGGCGCCGGCGGCGGCGGCGGGCGCGGACGACGCGCCGGCCGCGCACUCGCCGCACGUGUGGCGGCGCCUGCACCUGGACCCGCAGCGCCUGGAGCAGUGGAACCUCAACCUGCGCCUGUGGCUGCACUGCACCAUCCUGCAGCGGCUGGUGCGCGAGAUGGAGGCGGCGGACGAGGCGCUGGCGGCGGCCGGGCUGGAGGCGCGCGUGGGCGCGGCCAGCGUGGAGCGCCUGCGCGCGGCGGCGGCGGCGGCGCCGCAGUCUGCGCUGCAGACGCUGCCGGCGCUGCUGGCGUACCUCGAGCCCUUCGCGGACCAGCGCUAUGUCGUGCAGCGCAUCAGAGAGCUGGCGCGCGGCGGCUGCCUGAGCGCGUACCGCUGGAACGGAGGCGGCUCCGACUGGGACGACGCCAAGCCCACGGACGCCGAGCUGGUCAUGCACCUGCUGGCCACGUACCUGGACGCCGCGCUGCCCGCCGCGGGCUGCGCGCGGCCCUUCAGCGCCGCGCACGUGUCGGCGGCGCCCGCGCCGGCGCCGCGCGGGCCGGGCGCGCUGGCCGUGCGGCGCGUGGCGCUGCGGCCGCCGCAGUUCGCGCUGGUGCUGGGCGACGAGACGGUGGAGCCGGCGCGCGGCCGCAACAACCUGCUGCACACGCUGCUGCUGUUCCUGGCGGCCGCCGCGCGCGCCGACCCGCCCGCGCUGCGCCGUCUGCAUCUGGGCCGCGCCGGCCUCAACAUGCUGUGGAUCAUCGGCCGGUGA